AGUCAAAAAACGAGAGAAAUCAUACAUAGUCACUUUUGUGACUGUAUUGGGUCAUUUUUUGAAUGAUUAUAACCAAUAAGCACAAUUUGUUGGGCAUUGCUUUCGGAUGAAAUGCACGUAAAAGUGUGUUGACUAUAACCAAAAAUAGUGGGUUUUAUUGCCAAUUUCAUAAAAAGUUAACCUAUUUAGAACUUUUAAAAGGAAAAAUCUUUCGAUGUCACUCAAACAUUUUGUUCCAAUUUUUUUCAUUGAGAAAAAUCCAAAGAAACGCAAUUUCGAUCAAAUUCGUCAGUGACUUGUGAAUAAUUGAAAAAUUCAUGUUUCAAAUGCUUUUUAUAAAAAAAAUUAUUUGAAAAUCUAUAAUUUUUCAUCAUAAAUUUGUCAGAAAUUGAAAUGUUGUUCAAAUGAGCGGCUACAAGAAGUACUAUUUUAAGUGAAAUACUUAGAAUUGCUGUAUCGAAUGGAAAACAACAUUAAAGUAACGCUUAAAGUACGGCUAUACACGGUAGCUAUGUAGAAGUGUUUGACAGCGACAACUUCACGCACAAACAUUUUACCGCCAAAACGAGCAACUGAUGAUGUUUUAGUUUCACCAAAAUUCUAAACGCGAUCAGCAGCUGGCUUCAUCACACACUCAACCACGAACAAAACUUUAAUAAACAAAUUGCAUUUUUGACUAAAACAAACAACAUUGCCGGAACCAUUUACAACGAUACCUUAUUUAAAAACUGAAUACAAAUAUUUCUGACUAGAAAAAAAGAAGUGAAAAUGGCACGCCGUGAUUAUGCUCAAGACAGAGAGGCCAUAAAGGCAUUUCUGACAGAAUUCUGUGAGUCGAACGAGAGUGGCGCCAAGUUCUUCAAGUAUGCCAGCCAACUGGUAAACAUUGCACAUCGCGAACAAGUUGAAAUCAACAUUGAACUCGAUGAUUUGCACGAGUUCAACGAGUCGCUCGUUGAGGCUAUCAUGCAAAAUACGCGACGCUAUUCGAAUCUAUUUUCCGAAGUUAUUUUGGAAUUGUUGCCACAGUACAAGGAACGAAAUGUCGUUGCCAAGGAUUCGUUGGAUGUGUACAUUGAGCAUCGAAUGUUGAUGGAAUCACGUUUGAGAACCAACAACGACGUUAGAGACCCGAAAAACCGUUUCCCACCAGAGCUCAUGAAACGAUUUGAAGUGACAUUCAAAGCACCAAGUUUAGAUAAGCCGUUAUCGAUUCGUGAAGUCAAGGCCGAUAGUAUUGGUAAAUUGGUGUCGGUGCGUGGUAUUGUGACGCGUUGCACUGAAGUCAAACCAAUGAUGGUGGUUGCCACUUAUACAUGCGAUCGAUGUGGUGCUGAAACGUAUCAACCAGUUAAUUCGUUGUCAUUCAUGCCGGUCGCUGAUUGUCCAUCAGAAGAUUGCCGGGUCAACAAAUCGGGCGGUCGAUUGUAUUUGCAGACGCGUGGCUCGAAAUUCGUCAAGUUCCAAGAGAUUAAAAUUCAAGAGCACAGCGAUCAAGUGCCAAUCGGUCACAUUCCACGUUCGGUGACUAUUAUGUGCCGUGGUGAGGUCACUCGUCAUGCACAACCAGGCGAUCAUGUCAUCGUAACUGGCAUAUUCCUGCCAUUGAUGCGCACCGGUUUCAAACAAAUGGUCUCCGGAUUGCUCAGUGAAACAUUCAUUGAAGCUCAUAAAAUUUCAUGCCUGAACCAAUCCGAUGAUGCCGAUCAAAAUGCUGAGCUCACCACUGAAGAAUUGAAUGAAUUGGCUCAGGAUGAUUUCUAUGCACGUUUGGCCAGCAGCAUUGCACCCGAAAUUUUCGGACAUUUGGAUGUGAAAAAGGCGUUGCUUUUGCUAUUGGUUGGUGGUGUCGACAAACGUCCCGAUGGUAUGAAAAUCCGUGGUAACAUCAACAUUUGUUUGAUGGGCGAUCCUGGUGUGGCCAAGUCACAAUUGUUGGGCUACAUCAAUCGGUUGGCUGUUCGAAGCCAAUAUACAACGGGCCGUGGUUCAUCGGGUGUUGGUUUGACUGCUGCCGUCAUGAAAGAUCCAUUGACCAACGAAAUGGUUUUGGAAGGUGGUGCACUCGUUUUGGCCGAUCAGGGUGUUUGCUGCAUUGACGAAUUCGAUAAGAUGGCCGAAGGUGAUCGUACCGCUAUUCACGAAGUUAUGGAACAACAAACUAUAUCAAUCGCUAAGGCGGGUAUUAUGACAACGUUGAAUGCUCGUGUAUCCAUUUUGGCCGCUGCCAAUCCGGCAUACGGAAAGUACAACGCGAAACGUUCAAUUGAACAAAACAUUCAACUGCCAGCCGCUUUGCUGUCCCGUUUCGAUUUGUUGUGGUUGAUUCAGGACAAAGCCGAGCGUGACAAUGAUUUACGUUUGGCCAAACACAUUGCCUACGUACACACCCAUUUAAAACAGCCACCAACCAUUUCCAAGCCACUCGACAUGAGUUUGAUGCGCCGUUAUAUUGCACUGUGCAAACGCAAGGAACCAACUAUUUCGGCCGAUUUAUCGGAUUACAUUGUUGGCGCCUACGUUGAUCUGCGCCGCGAAGCUCGCAACAACAAAGACACCACAUUCACAUCGGCGCGUAAUUUGUUGGGUAUCGUUCGUUUGUCGACGGCACUGGCUCGUUUGCGUUUAUCUGAUAUUGUCGACAAAGAUGAUGUGGUCGAAGCUCUGCGUUUAUUGGAAAUGUCAAAGGCUUCUUUGACACAAACUGGCGACCGACCAACAAACAUUCAUUCAUCAGCCGACAAAAUCUACAAUUUGAUCAAGGAAGCCAUCAAACAAUCGGGCGCCUCAAUAAAAAUCUCCGAAAUUAUGGACCGUUGCACAACGAAAGGAUUCAAACCAGACGAAGUGGACAAAUGCAUCGACGAUUACGAACAGUUGAACGUGUGGCAAGUCAACCAGGCUCGCACUCACGUUACACUCGUUGCUUAAUUUUCUGACGUUAUUUCUUAUAUUCGCGUUUUCUUUUCUUUUUCUUUAAAUUCAUGCAAUUCACUUCAUUCAGAUUUCAUUUACAUGUGUGGUUUUUUUUAUUGUCAUGUCAUUUCAUUUUUUUUCGAAGACAAAUAAAGUAAUUCUGUUAUAUUCAUAACGAGGAGAAAUAA